GCUACGACAGACCACAGGUGUUUUUAAUUGCAGGACGUCCAGUUAUGAAGACGGCGACAACAUAACUAAACGGCCCCGUUUGACCGCGAUUAAAGCUUUGAUAUUAAGCUUUAUACGUUUUUUACGGAAAAAAUUAGCACAAAAAUGACUUCAAACGACUGUCAGUUGGCGGUUAUCCUCUUGCUGCUUCUUGGCUUCACGCACCACCAAGUAACAGGAAUCUGCGACGUGGAGAUUUGCGCCACCAACCCAGAAAGGUGCGUCCUGUCUAAAGACGAGAGCACCUGCAAGUGUGUGGAAGGAUUUUAUGAUGACAAUUGUGGCAAAGAUGCACACAUCAAAGUCUUAUGCACCAAGACGUACAUGGGCGUCAGAGCGCGCGAAGAAUUCUUCAUGUAUUACAACACGCCGGUCACGUCUUUGCACCUGCCCAAUAGAUCGUGCAAAGCAUACAGGGAGGUCAUCAACAACGUUCCGUACUACAUGGUCAAGGUAGCAAAAAAUGAAUACAUCGGAUGUGGAGGCAAAUCGCUUGAGAAAAACUUCACUCAUGUCACAUACACCCUGAGUCUUCAAUCAGAGCCUCAGGCCGUUGGAAACAUCAUCAGAGAUCCCGUCAUCAAACUGGAUUUUACAUGCAUCUUUCCAUUCAUCAGAACAGUCAGCCUGCCUUUUCCAGUUGAACCCAUUUCCAGUGAGGCGAUGGUGCGUGUCGAUGAGCUAGAUGCGACCAUACAGAUGAUGUUGUACACGGAUCAUAGCUACACGACAGCUUUCAGCAGUGCCCCCACUGUUGAGCUGGGGGACCAGGUGUAUGUUGAGAUCACCGUGAUGGAGCCUGCAGACUUUUUCCUCCUUCGCAUCAAUGACUGCUGGGCCACACAGAGUCAGCAAGCCAAUGCCUCGGAGGGCUUGGUUCACAGCCUGCUUUUGAAUGGGUGUGCGACCGAUGACACAGUUACCUUCCACAGCCUGAGCGAGGGAGAGUCUGGCCUUAAUGGACAGAGCUCCACCAUUCACUACAGCUUCGCCAUGUUCCGCUUCACAGUAGAGCCACACUUGUUCUAUCUGCAUUGCACCGUGCAGCUCUGUGACCCAGAUGACAGAAUAUCCUGCACACCUAACUGCAAAUCCAUCACGAAGCGAGAAGCCGUGCGAGUAGACACUGCCCAAGGGCUGUUGUCAUAUGGACCCAUCAGAAUUGAAACACCAAAUAAACCUGUGUCUAAUGUAGUGACAACAGUGGUGCUCCCUGUAGCAGGUGUCUGGGCUGUGGGCUUCAUCCUCACCCUCCUCAUCGCAGUGGCAAGAGCUGGCAGUAGGAAGAUUGUACAAACUGAGCAGCUCUGAUUUCAAUAAAAUGUAAAACCAU